CGUACAGCCACGCCCACCAGCAGGAUAUGGACUUCACGACGUGCACGCACAAGGUCAGCCCCUACAACAAGACGUGCAUGUUUCCGCUGCUCAAGUUUGGCCAGGAGUGCACGAGGAGCCGCGACUACGGCUACGCUGUCAACCUGCCCUGUGUCCUCGUACAGCUGGACCUGCCGGCAGACAUGACCAUCAGUCCAAUCAACGAGAACUCUCCGCUGUGGGAGGUGGCUCAGACAAACGCUGCGGUGCAGAAGCACGAGGGGGACCCGUCUGUCGUCCCGUUCUCCUGUGAGGGAGCGACCAAAGACGACCGUAAAAUGUUCAGCAGCAUCACUCCAGUGGGCAGGAAGAAGAAGCACAUUCUCUACAGCCCUGAGGACGCAUUCCCCAGCUUUUUCUACAGGAAGCGCGACCUCACCAGGGAGUUUCUCAAGCCGGCGGUCAUGGUUCAGUUCACCAGCCUGCUGGAUCUGCGGAUAACCCACGUGAAGUGCACGGCGUGGGGCCAGGUGUUUCACCAAGAUGGGAAGAUGGUGGACCACGGCCUGCUGGAGACAACAUUCGCCAUCUACAUCGAAGUGUAGCGCGCGCAGCGACGCGGACCACAUUCUGAAGAGGAAUUAGGAUAUCUAAAUCUAACAUUAAACGUAACAUAUAUGAAGGGUUGUGCUGGGGGUUAGCGAAUAAAGUAGCAAUGGCUACUCAAAAUAGGAAGUCACAUGUACAAAGGUUGUGUCAGGAGUUGUACGAACAAGUAGCGAUGGCUACGUUAGAAUAGGAAAAGUCACAUGUACAAAUGUUUGUGUUGAGAUUUAGACGAACAACCAGCCACAAUACAAGACAAAAUAAAUAACGUCACGUGUACAGUCAAAAUUGUCCUCAAGGGCUAACCUUUGUCCAAAAAAAAGUGGUUAUGGUCGACGGAUGGAUGUUUUGGGCAAUGUCAUUAUAAUCUUGGGAAAAAACGUAAGAAGCGGGGUGGUCUCUUGUACAAGUGGUUGUCUUGGACAGGUUGCCGUAGAGCAGGUUCUGCUGUUUUUCUCCUGAUCUUAAAGCCCGGG